AUGUUUGCAAUGUUUUACAAUAGUCCACAUAUAUUUGAAAUUAAUGUUAUAACUUGUUGGAAUAUUAUACAUGGCAAGAAAAGUAUUGAUGUAUGUCCAACUGAUUUACGACAAAAUCAGUUAUAUUUAACUGUAUAUUAUGUUUGGAUGUAUUCCAUUGUAAUGGCUAUUGGUCCGGUUUUAAUUCUUAUUAUCCUUAAUACAGCGAUAAUUAUUGCAUUACGGAAUACAUUAUCGGUUUCCGAUGAUUCGAAUAUUAUUACGCUUGUUGCUAUCGUUUGUCUUUUUAUUGCAUGUAAUAUUUUG